CUCUACUUCUCGUAUAGUAGCACAUCUUGGCGCGAAACUCCAGUUUUCUUUGCAGCCGCAACAACAAACCAGUUAGCUGCGAAAAUCAUUGCUUAUCAGCAUCGCUCGAAAAAAGAAAGAGUUGAUAACACGUAUACGGAGUCAAAGGAAUAUUGACGCCGGCUGUCUAUCAACUAUGUCGAAAGAGACGGCAACCAAGCGACUUCGGCCGAUAACCGCCUGGCUCAAGAAAGAGAAUGUGCAGACAGUAGAGAUUGAUAAGAAUGAAAUCAAGGCUAAAAUAUUGAAACAGACCACAAAAAGUAUACGAGUUUGUUUGACACCACUUGACAAAAAUAUUAUAGACCAAUUAAAUUCGAACAAACAAUCGAACUUUACAAGUGAAAAAAACAGGGAAUCCAGAAAAAAAAGUCCUGUAGAACAAUCACAAGGAAAUAGAAGAUCAGCUAGAAACUUUCAAACUAAUGAAAAGUCAGAAAAAGAGAUAAGUAAAAAAGAACCAGAGAUUGAUGACCUACCACCGAUUGUAUUUCAAGGACAAAUAAAUUAUGUCCAUAACUUUUACGACUGUGCAAGGAUUUGUGAUGUACUAUUGACUGAAGUAGAAAGCAAUAAUGAUUCUAUAGUACCUGUAGGAUUUGACUUAGAAUGGCCAUUUAGUUUUCAAACUGGUAGCGGCAAAACUGCAUUAGCACAAAUUUGCUUAUCAGAAAAAAUUUGCCACUUACUAUAUUUAUAUAAAAUCAAAAAGUUGCCAGCCAGUUUUAUUGCUUUACUAAGUCAUCCUAAAGUUAAGCUUGUUGGUGUGAAUAUUAAAAAUGAUGUUUGGAAGUUAUCAAGGGACUUUAAUGAAUUUCCUGGACAAAAAGUUGUAGAUAAUAAUUGUUUAGAUUGUGGACCAUAUGCAAAUAAAGUCCUUAAUCGUUCUGUUCGUUGGAGUUUAGAACGACUAACAGCAUAUUUGUUGAAAAGAAGAAUUAACAAAGAUCCAUCAGUAAGAAGAAGUAAAUGGCAUAUUCAUCCGCUAACUGAUGCUCAAAAACUUUAUGCUGCCACUGAUGCAUACGUUUCUUUCCUACUUCAUUUAACAAUUGAACAGCAGGAAGCUCUAGCUGAUGCAGAGGAACUGAAAUAGUAAUCUUAAGACCAAAAUCUCUUAAAUUUAAGCAACGAACGAACAAACUACAAAAUACAAUAAAACUUUACUAUGCGAAUCGUAAAAUCUCAUUAAAGUUCAAGCGUUAAUUCUUCAUCAAAUUGUAUAAAAAAGAACAAUUUUA